AACUGUGCUGCUAACGUUCUUCGAGAGACCUGGCUGCUGUAUAAAAACGCUAAACUUAUGCCGCAUUUCAACCGACGUCGAGUCCGUGCACAUCAAAGGAAAUUUCUACAAGCAAUCUACAGCUUACGUACAAGCAAAGUAAAACAACGGGAGCUACAGGACAAAUCGGAUUCUCUAGUCGACCUAGCAAAGCUUCAAACCAAUGUAUUCGAGGGAGUAGCAGAUAUUGCGCUGAGACAAGACGCUUUUCAACAGCAGCUAGACAAUAUCGAGAGGAACCUGACGGAACUAAAGAACAUGAUGCGCGCACAAAGCGCAGGAAGGCCACAUCAUUUUCAAAGUGUUUGACUGUUGUCCAGCGUACUCAAACAAUGCGAGAUCGCUUCAACGGAGUGCCUAUUAUGCAGCACAGUGACACAGCAUCAUAACACCGGCAUAUUUUCCAAAGUUCCCAUUGAUAAAUACCCUGUGCUUUUCAUCUCAAGAACCUAUC